CGCCCCCAACCGCUUAUCCCGACAGACAAUCGACAGACCCUGCACGUGUCUGAUCUCUGCCUGUCCUCCAAUCCACCAUGUCCGACGCACACUCGCCCUUUGUCAAACUCAACCUCCCCCCGCCAGAGGAGUACAGGAACAGAAAGGUCGCGUUGAUCAGUGGCAUCACUGGCCAGGAUGGAUCCUAUCUCACAGAACUCCUCCUUGAAAAGGGCUACGAGGUCCAUGGCAUCAUCCGUCGUUCAUCAAGCUUCAACACGAACCGUCUACAACAUCUCUACGCCGAUCAACACGAACGCCCCAACAAAUUUAAGCUGCAUUAUGGUGACCUCUCCGACAGCACCAACUUGGUCUACAUCCUCGCCCAGGUUCUCCCCACGGAGAUAUACAACCUUGGUGCUCAGUCUCACGUCAAAGUCUCGUUCGAGAUGGCAGAGUACACCGCCGACGUAGAUGGUGUCGGCACGUUACGUCUCUUAGAUGCCAUCCGAACCGUCGGCCUUGAGAAGCACGUGCGCUUCUAUCAAGCUUCCACCUCUGAACUGUACGGCAAAGUCGUCGAAACACCUCAGAGUGAGACCACCCCAUUCUACCCGCGCAGCCCGUACGGCGUCGCUAAACUUUAUGCCUACUGGAUCACCGUCAACUACCGCGAGGCAUAUGGAAUGUACGCGUGCAAUGGGAUCCUGUUCAAUCACGAAAGCCCGAGGCGUGGGAGAACCUUCGUCACCAGGAAGAUUAGCAGGGCCGUCGCCGAUAUCAGCCUCGGCAAACAAAACUGUCUGUAUCUCGGUAACAUCGAUGCCCAACGUGAUUGGGGUCACGCCAAGGACUACGUCGAAGGCAUGUGGAUGAUGCUCCAGCAGCCCGCUCCCGAAGACUUUGUUCUUGCGACGGGCGAAACACACAGCGUUCGCGAGUUCGUCGAAAAGGCAUUCGCCGUUGUCGGCGUGACUGUCAAGUGGCGUGGGUCUGGCGUGCAAGAGGAAGGUUACAAUGCGCAGACGGGUAAAGUCAUCGUCAAGGUUGAUCCCCAAUACUUCCGUCCGGCCGAAGUCGACCUCCUGCUCGGCGAUCCCGCCAAAGCGGAGCGCAUCCUAGGGUGGAAACGCAAGAUGGACUUUGACUCGCUGGUCCGUCAGAUGGUCACAGCCGAUCUCCAUGCCUCCAAGAGCCUUGUCGAAGAUCAGAAUUGAAUGGAGAUCUCUGUUUACUUAGCAUUUCCGGACUUGGGACUCCUUUCACGAUCUCGAACACUUUUGACCGUGUACCAUUUUUGCCAAAAGCAUUCGUGAAUCGAUGCAUACCUACCAUACAAACGUGUAACCGUUCGUGAUGAAUAUUGCAGAAACGGGUGUUUUCUCUAUUAUGAACAUGCAAGUGGUACGGAAACCGAUGAA